AUGUAUAAAUAUGUUGCAAAGUUUGUUCAUUAUAAAUCAGUCGAAAAAAACACUGGACAAAAAACAUUUCAAAAACAGUUUACGACACCUUUUUUGAUGCCGUCACAAAAUAUGCAGCAGGAGAUUCACGGAUCAGUUGAAUGUCUAAUUAAAUUAUCCGGAACUCCAGAUAUAACACUGGCUUUCACAAAUCAUCGGCUGAUCGAUGAUGCCAACCUUCAUCCUUGUAUUCGCUUCUCACGCUGGAAGAGAGAAAGAAUCCUAUCGUUUAUACCGCCUGAUGGAAAGUUUUGUUUGUUCAAUUAUCAUGUAAGCUCAUUAAGCCCUGUAUCACUUCCUAUCAUACUAAGACAUAAUGUUCUUCUCCGUGAACGUGGAGGUCGUUUAGAUGUAGUGGUAGUACCAAAAACAAUGGGUAAACCUGUUGAAAAUGUAAAACUUACCAUCCAGUUACCACCAGAAGUUUUAAAUAUCACAGCAUCUCCAAGUGUUGGACGAACUAGCUUUGAUGUAACAACAAAAUUGUUUCAAUGGGAUAUUGGUCGAAUUGAAACAAAAUCUCCAAAUCCUUCAAUGAAAAGUAGUAUCGAUUUAGUUAGUGGUCUUACUACAUUACCAUCAAAUCCUGUAAUCCUCGUAAACUUUUGUAUUCCACAAUUCGUCGUAUCUGGGUUGAAAAUUGCUAGAGUUGACAUUUAUGGAGAGCGGAGGUUGAUAUUUGUGUUCUGGACUGGACGGGCUGGGUAGGCGAGAAGUUGCUAUACAGAGGACCAAUAAAGACUCAGAGUUGACUCAUGGUUCUGGUUCAAGCACCGUUGGUUCAACACGGGGAUGAGAUCAUAUGUUUCACGUGAUGAUUGACAGAGUCAUAGGACAUAACCCCCUAUUUUCUAGAUUAUUUACCCAGUUGUGCUCUAGUUGGAUAUCCCGCUUUUUUUUAACUUAAAAGGGCUUUGUAAUUGGGGGCGAUCUACUAAAACCAAAGUUAAGAAUCUUUUUUAUCACAAAUGCAUCCAAGUAAGUUAACGGCUUGUUAAUUAUUUGACAUUUGAAUAAUUUGUUAUCCAGUA